ACGACUGUUUGGGAUUUGAAAAUCUCGACUCGUGCCGCUCGUGCGUGAGUUCUCUGUUCUCUAGUGAAUCGCCCGUGCAGCGCCGUGGGUCUGUAAACCCAACGACUGGUGACACGAAAAGCGGCGACUUCGGGUGCCUCCGCGAAACAGAGCAGCCGGCGAACGGAGUGGCUGUGACGUGUGGGACUCCCCGAGUCCGAUUCGCGCCAAAAAUCAGUGCGUUUGCGGUCGCCUCUUCACGCCGGAUGAUUACAACCACGAUUCCGGAUUGACGCAGCGACCAUCGGCGCCCCCACGAUUACAACUUUCCCAAAUCUUGAGGCACUGCCGUUUCUGUUCCGUCCCGACCCCAAGGAAUCUGUGAAGACACUCAUGAAUAAACGUGCCUUCUUGGCUACGGGAAAAAGGACAGCUGCCCAGGCAGCGCCGCGGCCCAAUUCUGUUGCUCCACGGAAAAGAACAGCCGCCCAGGCAGCACCACGGCCCAAUUCUGUUGGUGUCAAGAAACGCGCCUGCGCCGUCGUUGGCUGCGAGCCCAGCUGUUGGCGACAAGAUAAGCGGCACCAUAAAGUGCCUGUACAACAGGGCAGCAGGCGGACGGAGUGGCUGCGCCGCAUCGGACUCUCAGUGUUCGAGCCGCGCCUGAAUUUGCGGGUUUGCGGCCGUCACUUCAAGCUGGAAGAUUACAGCCAUAAUUUUGAGUUGAUGGAGCGAUUGGGCACCGCCACGAUUAAACCUACUCUUAAUCCUGGGGCACUGCCGUGUCGGUUCCUGCCUGACCCUCAGGACAUGUGUUUGGGCAAGUUUGCGUCUCCGUUUCUUUAG